AUGACACCUCUUGUUGAUGUAGUCGCAAUCGAUGCAAGUUCAACUCUUGUUGAGUUCCACAAUUUGUGGGUGAUUCAUCAAUAUUCAAGGGUGCCUGCUUUUGAGCAGCGGAUUGACAAUAUAGUAGGUAUAGCAUAUGCUUUGGACCUACUAGAUUAUGUUCCAAAGAAAGUACUACUGUGGCAGAUAUGGCUCAUAAACCUGCAUACUUCAUGCCCGAUUCAAUGUCAGUCUGGAAUCUCCUUAGAGAGUUUCGAAUCAGGAAGGUUCACAUGGCUGUUGUUCUUAAUGAAUAUGAUAGUCACCUUGGAAGAUGUGGUUGAGGAGAUUGUUGGUGAAAUUUUCGAUGAAAAUGAUUCAAAAGGGGAGAUCCAGAAGAAAACCGGCUAUAUCGUAAUUCGAGCAGAGGGUAUCUUUGAUGUUGAUGCUAAUACAUCUAUUGACCAACUUUCCGAAGAUCUAAACAUCAAAAUUCCAGAGGUAUAUUACUUUUAUAACUCAUUAUUAUUGAUAUAAUCCUCGUGCAUAAAUUUCAUUUUAUUUGUUAGCUUCUGCUAGUUUA